AUGCAAACGGCGGAUCCGCAACAACAGGCGCAGCAGGCGCAGCAAGCGCUGCAGAAGCGCAAGGGUCCAGGCGAUCCGGCGGCGGGGUCCGCGCUUCACGCCUGCAGCGCGCCGACGGAUCUGGCGGGAAACCCGUUGCGCCGAACGCUGUGGAUUCGCUUCAAGCACGGGCGGCCGACGGAGGUGGAGCUGGAAGAGGACGAGUUGCACAUCGACCACCUGAAGAAACGCCUGAAGCUGCUGUUUCCGAAGAUGCUGGGCCACGUGGAAGUGUUUGAGUUUUCAAUAAGGCACUCCGCUGCGGAUCAUGGCUGCGUACCCGAGGAUUUCCCGUUGGAUCACCUGCGGGAGGGGAAUCGCGCUGCUGCUCCACUGCUCGUCGAUGCGCCGGAGCCAAUGGCUCCGCCGGUGUGCCUCGACCCUGCAGCAGGCCCGGGGGGAGUGAACCUCUCAUACGUGGUGGACGGCGGCCGCGACGACGCGUUUGGUGCUAUGGGCGCGGUACCAGGCUCGCUCGCGGGGAAGGGGAUAGGCAUGGGCCCAGGCGGGAUGGGCGGGGGCGGCAUGCACUGCGAUCCUGACGACAUGCGGCAGCUGUUUCACCCAGAAGCAGCACCGCCGCCCCCAGCAGAAGUCAAGGUCGGAGGGAGGAAACGGAAAAACGCUGCUGGGGGUGGAGCAGGGGGCGCGGGAGGAGCUGGGGGAUCGGGUGGUAUGGCGCAUCUUGGGGCCAACGGGCUGACGGAGAUCUCUCCAAAUAGUCGCAGCAAGAAGGCCGCGGAUGGGCUACACAAGGGGCAGAGCAUCAUCAUGCGUUACAACAACGAGGAUGUGGCCAAGGCUCGCAUAGUCUCGUGUGAACGGAGUGGAUUCUGCAAGGUACGGCUGCACAGCCUGAUAACAGAUGGCAGUACGCUGCUGUAUGAGAACAGCCUGCCUUCUGGCCUGCGUAUCCCCCUCAGUGAGGUGGGUUCACAGGAGUUCUUGUGGCCGCGGGCAGACUGUCGCAGGGACUACUACUCAUACAGCGAGAAAGCUGACAACUCGCAAGCCUCUUCUUGA